AUGGCGUCAAGGCAAGCGCUCGCACCUAAACUUUAUAAGAGGUUUCUGCAAGUUUGCGAGCAAUGGCCGGUCGACCAGAAUCGGUUAGGAAGGGAUCUCGGAGAACAUCUGAAAGGGAAUCUUGUACCUCGUAUAAAGAAUUCCCAGAUAGACGUAAGCUCUCAGAUUUCUUGUUUCAUCGAUCAAUCUGGCCCGGGUGUCUUGCUGUUGUCUUACGUAACCUGCAACUGAACUGCACUGGGGCGCUUGAGAUAUAAUGAUUAAAAGAGCGUAACCACGCGAUCUCCUCAAUGGUUCAUUAAAUAGAUGCAGAUUUGUCAAAAUGAACUCCUUAGCUUUUCGUUUUAUGUGAAUAUAAGCUUGAAUCAAAGUAAUUUACUGUCUUCCUUACGUCAUUUAUGGCCUUUUUUAUUUUGUAAACGGUAAAUUUUUAUUCGUUGAUGGUUGUAUUUAGAAUAUCUAAUGCUGAAAUUUAUCCUUUCAGCCAAAAGAGGCUGAAAAGAUGCUGGACAGUCUCUUAAAGAUUAGUUCAAACUACUACAGAAAUAAGGUUAGUUUAAAGCUGAUCAUGGUCUAAAUUACGUAAGUUAUGGUCGACGUUACCCUUUAGAGAUGAUAAAUUUUGAUCAUUCUGAAGUUUUUAUAAGUUUUUUUUUUUUAAUUAUUGCUUAGCAAAUUAGUUUCUACUUCACAGUACCCCCGUCAAAAAGAAACAGCAUUUACUACAAACAAUGUACAGGAUUGUAAGGAGGCUGCCUCAUAUUACCUUUCAUCAGGUAUUACUUUGUGUCUUACACUGUGUAAAUAAAGUGAAGGUUUACUCAGCAUAUGAUACUGUAAGGAGAAAUUAAAUGUUAGUCUCUCUCUGAGGAGUGAAAGAUGUAAAUAAAUGCAAUUUUAACUGAAACCCUCACCAUUUCCAAAACUAUUUGUUUACACUACAUAACCUAUUUUCUCUCCUCCAGAUUUUCAGAAGAAAUCAAAACAGCAAAGUUGGUGGGAAAGACUGAUUCGCAAGAAGCCAACUGCUAGUUAAAGCAGUGAUCUAGUUGCACUGAGUCCAAGUAGUGAAUGGAGGUUGUGACUGAACGACAAAAUCAUAGGCAUGCAGCAGUUUUACUUUUGCCUGCCUCUCAACCAACUAGAUACAAAAAUGAAACCAAAUAUUCAUAUUCUCUUUCAUGUUCUUUCCCUUAAAGCUGUUUACACUUUAUUAAUUCAAUAUUAAUCUAAGUUUGAUAUUAAUCUAAGUUCUCCUUGUCUUCAGAUUGGUCUAUUUUAGCUUUGGUUUUAUGAAACCCAAUCAAAAAGUGCCUUUAAUGCUCUCCACAUAAAGGUUAACCAGUCAGGGGCAGUGCUAGAGUUUAUUAAAAUCACAGAAGAACCACACUAAAUUGAACUCCUCAAGGAAACAAAAAGUGGUUGGAGUAAGCAGACUGAAAUAAUGGGGUCAAAGGAAAUUGGAUCUUGUUCAAGUUACUGGGGAGUUUGAGUUAGCUGGGUUCUUCUGUACCUUCAAUCAGCAAUUUUUUUUUCAUUCAAUUUAGGCAAUAAGAGGGAGCAGAAACUAAGUUAAUUAGACACAAUGCCCAAGAGCAGUGCUUAGCUAGACUGGAAUUCUUCUGAGAUUAAAAUAAGUUCAUUAGCAUAAAUUUUGAUAUUUUGUAUCUUUUUUGCUUUCAACCAGAGAAUACAGUCAUUAGGUAGCUUACCAAAAUGGGAGGUGGGGGAAGUAUUACUUGUCUACUGGUCAAAACAUGGUAACAAGCACCUACCUUGUGUUUGAUAUUUAAUAACUAAUACAUUUUCUUGAGAUCUUGUUUUAAAAGGUUUGAAUUCAGGAUUGAAAUAAAGUCAUUUGUAAAUAUU